UCUCCCUCCCAUAUCCAGCAUCUCCGUUACCAGCCAAGCAACGAGCAAAAAUGGACGACAUUGUGGUCGUAGCCCCAGGAACACAAUCCUCACGGAAUGUCAGCAAUGAUCCAGAUGUCAUAAAACUGCAGGAAAUUCCAACUUUCCAGCCCCUUUUGAAAGGACUCCUCAGUGGGCAGACGUCCCCGACCAACGCCAAGCUGGAGAAGCUGGACCCGCAGCAGGUGCUGCAGCUGUGCCUGCGCUACCAGGACCACCUGCACCAAUGUGCAGAGGCUGUGGCCUUCGACCAGAACGCGCUGGUGAAGCGCAUCAAAGAGAUGGACCUCUCUGUGGAAACUCUUUACAGCCUCAUGCAGGAGCGCCAGAAGAAGUACGCCAAGUAUGCAGAGCAGAUCCAGAAGGUCAACGAGAUGUCUGCCAUCCUGCGCCGGAUCCAGAUGGGCAUCGACCAGACGGUGCCGCUGAUGGAGCGGCUGAACAGCCUCCUGCCAGAGGGGGAGCGCCUGGAGCCCUUCUCCAUGAAACCCGACCGGGAGCUGAGGUCGUAGCGCUCCGGCAGCUCCCCCUCCUCACCUUGCACGCUUCCAGCAGGCUGCACUGGCAGGUGUUUGGAGCGGGCAGCGCUGCUGCCGGCC